ACGCAAUCGUGAAGAAAAGAGAUAGAGCAAACAAGAACUGAAAUCGACUGUCUGAAAAUGGAGACUGUGUGCCUUGCCCGUACAGCAUAUUGCUCUGUGAAAGCGGAUCGUGAGUGCAAUAAACGUACAUAACUUUUCUUUUCUCUUAUUCAAAUAGCCAAUUUCAUCGCGUAUCUGUGUUAUCAUGAAGCUUGUCCCUGUCAAUUGGGUUGAGUUAUCAGCAGAAUUUUGCAUUCCGAGACAGGUGUACAGAGAAACUCGUGGGUGAGAAUGGGUUAUUAUACUGGUUUGCUAUUCGUGAUAAUGUUCCCACUUUUCCUGCUAAUCGUGGCUACCUGUUUUGUUUAAUUAAAUCUCUGUUAUUUUGUGCCUUUUCAUAACUAGUUUUCUAAUGCUCGUUUGGACCUCUAACUUUUCUUUGGUGUGAUCAACAGAUCAAGCAGUGUAAUAAUUCACUUGAUCAAGUCUUAUCAGUCCCAAAUCAGUCCAUUGUGCCUCACUUAAUCUGUGACUGUGAUUACUCAGGUAGAUUCUUUUGCUGACCUUCUGUCUCUUUAGGAUCCAUACAAUGUCAACAAUUAAUGAAAGUUCUACUCCUCCCAUAUUGUUGCCAUGCACAAUCUGCAAUCGCACUUUCAAACCUGAGAGUUUGGCGAAGCAUUCAAAAGUCUGUGAAAAAACUCUUAUGAGGAAGAGGAAGAAAUUUGAUUCAUCCAAGCAACGAUUACAAGGAACGGAACUUGCAGAAUUUCUACCAAUGCUGUCAAAGUCUGUCAAAGUUGACAAAUCUCCCAUUAGAAAAGCUGACACAACGUGGAAGGACAAGCACUUGCAGCUGAUGGAAACGAUUCAAGCUGCAAGACAAAUCCCUUCAGAAGGAGGGCAUAUCGAGAACUUGAAGGGGCGGAUGCGUAGACUGACAGACCAAGAACUAUGUCCUCAUUGCGAGAGAUCGUUCGGUAUCAAGGCUUUUGACAGGCAUGUCGAAUGGUGUAAAGACAAGAUUACUCGGAUUCUCCCAAAGUCAACUGCCAGCUCUGUUGCUAAAGAACGUUUGGAAGCGAGGACAAAGUAUCAGGCUCCAAGGCUGCGGCAGUCUCUCCGAGCUCGUACCAGAGAAAAAUAUUCUCCUCAUAGGCACAAGCAAUCGCAGGAAAAGAAAUCAGAGUCAGCAGACAUAUUGAUCAAGAAGGAAUCUUCACCGAUCGUAGCAAUGAAUAAAGAAACAUCUGCCACCGCGAACAACAAGGGGUCGGCAACUACCAAGCCUCAAUCUCCUGUUGUAAAAAUCAAAAGCUUGGAGAAACCCAGUUUAACAAACAACAGACCUGUAGUUAAUAUACCAGUCCAGCCGCCAAUUAAAAGAUCAUCUACCUCGACCCGUCUCAGUUCACAGUCAGUGAAAAAGUUGGAUCUGCCAUCAACAAAUGUAUCAAAAACUCCUGCCAAAAGUCUACCAAAGCAAAACAAUACUGUCACUACCCUGCAAAUUGCAAAGAGUGAUGCCUCCAAUUAUGAUCCAUACACCUCAGCCCAGCAACAAAUGAAAGAGCUUUUGGAUCUUGAUUUCGAUAAAGAAUAUCCUGUCCUUAAAGAUUUACCCUCUCCUCUCAUCAAUCCCAUUCCUAUUAAGCGCGAAUCAAAAUCUGAAAUUUUAAAUGACAAACUCAUGAACAAUAUCAUACCCAACAUCUCAGCAAAAGUUGACAUUCCCAAAGUGAAAAACUUUGUUGAUGAAAAAAAUACUCUGAACAAUAGUCUUUCUGCUGCAAGCUUAGCCAGAAAUAAAUCUACCGAUCCAGGAAUCGAUGAAUUUAAAUUAGAAAAUUUUAUUGAUACUCUGUCGGAUGAGGAACUGAUAGGACCAAUCAAAGAUCUAGUCAUCAAGAAUUCUAUGGAGGCAGAUUUGAAACGACCACCAGUUUCGAUAGGUUGUUCACCAACAUCGGCAUUUGCCAAGUACUCUCCCUCUCCCCCUCACAUCAAUGAAACCACUGCAAAAUCCACCCCUAACCUUCCCCUGAAUGUGCCUCUUGAUGAGGUAGCAAACUUUUCCAAUUUGAACAAAAGCGAAAGGAAUGUGGAAAAAUACCCGCAUGUCAACAUGAGCAGUAUUAGUUUGUGCUCUACGGUCAGUAUUGAUUCCAAUAUAGAUUUUAAUAGAAACAAGCGAGGAUCUAAUGACAGUUCUUUUGCACAGGAAAUGAAUUCUAAGUUAAUGAAAAAUUCUGAAACGCACAAAGAAGGUAGGAACAUUGCUCGAACUUUACUCAAUAUGGAACAGAUGCUGUUCGGGGUCUCGCCUAACCCCAACAGUAAAAAUUCAAAAAGUGACAAUAAGAAUAGUAACAGAGAAGCAAAUAAAAACUUAACCAGUCCAAAAAGUGGUGAGAUUCCCUCCAAAGUAGAUAAAUCUACACCUAAUUUCAAUCAGUUGUACCCCAAAUUGAAUCUAAAUAGUGCGGACGCUGCAGAAUUAGAACUCAUAGAAUCCAUUUCUGAAUUAGAGAACCUAUAUCUUUUUUCCCCCAUCAGCCAAGAUCCAUCCCUCUCCUUGAACUCUUCCCUCUCCAAAACUGACUCCAAUUCCAUGACAGCUGGUAGCGGGGAAGGUCUACGGAAAGAGAAAAAAGAAGCUCAGGCCUUAUCUGCUUCGCAAGGAAGGAAGCCUAACUCUGAUUCAGCAUAUAGCAGUUUGAGCAGAAAAUCACCGUUGACCAGAACUCUAGCAACACAUCAAGUAGAUUUAGCUGAAAUAAAAAGCCCUAGCAGCUUAAGCUCUAGUGGGUCAGAAUCCUCUGUUGCUCAUGCCUGUCGUACAGAGCGUCGCCUGUCAACGUUUUGCCAUGAAUGCGGUGCUAAGUAUCCAGUUUCCGUUGCAAAAUUCUGUUGUGAAUGUGGAGUAAGAAGGUUAGCACUGUCCUAAAUUUUCAUUUUAUUUCUCUCCUCUCCUAGCAUCUAACUUUAAUUUAUUUAACUGACCAAAUAAUUUUGCUGUUUCAUAACUGCGUUACCAUUCUUACAAAGACUUACCAAAUCAAAUGUCGAAAUUCAUCUAGUUCCAUUAUUUAUUGAAGUUAUAUUUUUGUUCUUAUCAAACAAACCUCAUCUUUGUGUAUCGACAACCAUAAUUUCAUCUUUAUUUUUAUUCUUUUGUCUGUUCAUUGAAUUUUUUUACCUUUUCCUGACUUCCUGGUGUAAAUAUUUUAUUGUCCAUUCCUUUUAUAAUUUUAUCCCAAAAAAACUCAAAGCUAAUACUCUUUACUUGUAGGUACUAAGAUUUCCUUUUCCCCUCUGUAUUCUGUAAUACUCGUAGUGUACUUAUUCAUGUUUUUAUCAGGUUCUUUAUAUUUGGGUGUAAAUUUUGUCUCAAUGUGUAAGCCUUUUUAUGAUGUUGGAAAAAGAAUCGUGGAAAAGAAGAUGGAAAAUUUUGGGUAGAAUCAAAGUUUUCCAGGAAAGUAAAUUUCUGCCUAGAACUCUUAGUAGCGUCUCUGGAAAAGUGUAACUUCAUACUACUUUUCCUGGUAGAGAGUUUUUCUCUCAAAGGAAAAGCAAGUUGUGAAAGCAAGAAAUAGUGAGAAAAAAUAAUGAAAGGAUUUGUUAAUUGAGGUGCCUUUUUGCAAUCCUCAUUUAUGGCCUUAGUCCGCUGAAUUUGUAUACAUUAAGUACAUUUUAUGGCCUUUGUAAGUAAUAAGCAUGAUGGGAUGGUCUACAGUAUCUUAUUGGCCACCUCUCACUUUCUUUUAAUGUUUUUUCUAUCUUGCUCACCUCAUUUUGUCCUUGCAAAGUCGAGAAUUUUUGUAUUCUAUGCAAUGAAAAUGAACAAUCAGUUUUGUAAAAUACUCUAUUUUUGUAAACAUGUUUCUUCAUUCACUUGUUAGAAAUUAAUUUUUUGAUGUUUGUAACUCAUUAUUAUUUUUAUCAGUGUCCAUUGUAGCAAGGACUUGAACACCAGGCUCAGUAAAAUAUAUCAAUGCCUGAAAGCUAUGCUUGCAUUUUUCGUUACAUUUUAGGAAAAUUUUUUUUUUCUUAGUUCUCUGUAAUAUUAUUGUGGUGGAAAUUCUUUUAAGCUGGUCGACUUUGCCGAUUGUCCAUUUUUUAGAUUCAACUGGGAUUCAUUUUGUGGGUCUUCUUACCCCUAUUUAGCAAAUCAUUCAUCAUUCUCUCUCUAAAAAGCAAAAAAAUAAAAGAAUGAUCUAAUACAGAACCAUACCAUCAGACGCUUCCUUGAAGUAUUGUCAUUUGUAAAAUGGAUGGGAAAAUGAAAACAAAUAGCAUUUGUUCGAAGAGCACAUCCAUGUGAGCUCAAAGAGGAGAGAAAGGAGGAAGUUACGUAUUGCUGAACAUUCAUCCUAAACAGGAAGGAAAUAAAUACGUACAAAAGAGUCGCUUUCAAAGCGCUCUCUGGCGCUCUGCGACGCCUAAUCGCCACAGUGCUCGGUCCUCCCAUAACUUGUUAGGAAGUUGGAACUCCCUCAGGGAAGAAAUCAGAGUCCAAAUUUCUCUCUCAAAGGAUGGUUUGCUGUUUCAUAAUCUUAUGAAAAAUCUUCUGCGCCUUCAUCUCAGAAAAUUACAAUAAUUCUUGUAAACCAUGCCUCUUUUUAAUUUUUUUUUUGCAAAUCGUCUGGUUUGAUAAAUCAAUUUUUUGCAGAAUGUUUCUUCCCUCUGUCUUUUUAUGAUUGUUUGCUGAGCUUGGUUUUCAUUGACUCUGUUAUUUUAGCUUAUGAAUUUCUGAAUUUCAGAUCUGAUUUUCUGAUGCGUUUGUUUUGAUUCUUACACAUGUGUGCGAUGCAAUUUUUUAUUCAGGAACAUCCUCAAAGGUGUUGCAGAUGUUUGAAUUCUGUGCCAUUUUUUGUCUCUUGCUCUCUUUUCAUCCAAUGCAAGUAGUUUUCACCCACCAGUCAGAGCAAUUAACAAUACUGAUGAUGUGUAUGAUCCUACUUUUAUUUCUAUUUUUACGAAAGUACUAGUUCUACUCGGAAUUUUCAGCAUUAAAUGUUUCCUCUGACUGUAAUAAAAAUUAUCUUGAGCUGCUCAUUACAGAAUAAUCUCCAAAUCAUACCGAAGGUUUUUCGAGAGAUGUCAGCUGAACCUAAUUGAUCCAUUAUUUGCUUAUCAAAGACCAAGAUUAAAACUAAUAUAUUAGCUAAAUUUUAUACGUCCUGAUUUUUUUUUUGUCAGGUAGAGAUUUACCUGAUAAAAUUAAGCAGUCUACCUAGUCAAGUAUUAUUCCUCUCUUAGGAGCACCUUUCGGUUACUGAGUGUUUCAUCCAGUUGUAAACCAAACAUCAUGACAUUAGACUACAAAGAAUUCUUGCAAUUUUUGUGAAGUUUUGAAUGACAGGAAAGAGAGCAAAUCAUUCAUUCUUUCAGUGCAGAGAAACAAAUUAUGUAUUUUUAAUUUUUCCUUUUAAUCGCUCUUGCCUCCGCACAUUUAAGCUCCUACCAAGUUUGCUAGUAUACCAUCACACUCAAAAAGUGCCGCAAUUAAAUUCUUGUAAAUCCACUACAUAUUACAGCCGUGAAAAUUUGAGUCUGUAUUUUUGUCAAUGUCACAGGUUUGCCCUGGAUUGUACAUUUGUGAUUUUGAUUGAAGUGAUGACAAUAUGUAUUUUAAAAACUUACAUGACAGCAACAUGCAUGAUUUAGUUUCAAAAAGUAAAACAACAAAAUAUACCUCAUAAAACACUUAACACUAACUUUUUGUAAAAGUGGCCUGAAUUCUGAGAGCACAUUGAAAUACUUAACAACAAUUUGACUCAUAGUAUUCUAAGAUUCCUGUAAUGGUAACCCCCCCCCCCCCCUAAUAUAAGGGAAUUAUAUUUGUCCUAUUCUUGUCUAUAAGACUCGAAUUAUGAAUUAGUGCAAUCGAAUUGGAGCUGGCAGCCAUUAUGUAUGUAUGUAUGUAUGAAUUGAAGCCAUGCAUUUAAGCCAUUUAUGUGAUUUGUGUUAAGUUUUGUACUGAAAGUCCACUUCUCUUUCGAAAGAUAAUGGUGUUUUAUUACCUAACUCACUACGUUACAAAUUCAAUAUUUGCAAUAUUAGUAUUAUUGUAAGAAAUUUGAAGACUUAUCACGCACAGUAAACUUUAAGAUGGUUUCAAAAUUUAUUAUCACAUUUUUUAUUUUACUACUUGUUUUUUAAACCCGGAGCCUUUUUCCACCCGAAGACUGUGUGCUUACGGCAAACAUCAAUUGUCAAGUUUUGUGGUUUGACCGAUUUCGCAUUUCAAAAAAAAAUUUAUAUUAGUAGAUAAUAUGAACAAAAAAACGUAGAGCCAAGGUAAUUUGUCGAAAUAAAAUAUUUACUCUUCAUAAUAGUCAAUGAGUCUUCGUUUUGUAAGUGCAAUUAAAUUGUUUCAUUGUUAUUCUUGUCAAAUUUCUGUACUAAUAUUAGAGUUAUUUUUAAAACAGUAUUCAAAGCUAAUUUUGUGAUUCUUUUCCGAAAAUUGUUUACCUGUUGUGAGCAUCACAGCGUUACCUUGAUUUUGUAAUCUAGUCCUAAGGAGUCUAGCAGUUGCUUGUACAUUAGUUGCUCCCAACCAAAUUAAACCGAGGAGGGGUACCCACACACCAGUCCUCUGCUUGUAUCUUUUGUACCAUAUUCACCUAGAAAAACAUAAUUUUAUUACCUUUUAAGUAGAAAGUUACACUAGGUCAGUUGAGGUGGUCACACCUAUGGGUUUUGAUGGUUUAAGAUAACAGAUUAGCAAAAAAUAAUACAAUUUAUUGAAACACCAAGUUACCCAGUAUUAACAGAUUGCAUGACAUCCAUCAGGGUAGUAGGUAUUUAUCAUAAUCUCCUCUGCCUUGGUUUCAUAAAUCAUUGAUACCCACAUUUGCAUUGGUUGCUUGACGUAAGAUGCAGAUGAAAUCAAGGUGGAAGAAACUACAGUACGCCUUUCCACAGUGGAUGUGCUGAAUGCCGUCUUCUUUAAUGGGUGAAAUAUUCGUUAAUAUUGGACAUUGAAAAGGCUCCGUACACACCUCAUGGGAAUGUAUGCGCUGUAUGAUUUCCAGUUUUGUCAUUGGAUUAAGCUCACCUAUGGUCGCUGAUCAAAAGUCACCUUUGUGCUAACUCUCUACGAGCCACCGUUUUUGCAUAAUCUGCAGUGGAAGUUUCCAUAAUUCCUUGCGUAAAUUAAGGUAGUGCAGCAAUAAACAGUCAAAGAUAUCCCUGAUUUCUGCACAUCGAGUACAGUUCAGAAGUGUGCAAGUAAUGUAAAUAGGAAAACCAAUCAGCAGUCAAGUGACAGUCUUGUCUCGGAUUCCCCACGCCUUUUCUUUCCACCAUCCAGAUCAGUUUCCUUUUCUCUCCCCUUCUAUAGUCCUUACCAGACAGACGCGCACUGCGUAUUGAUUUCAGCUGACCCGUCCUAGAAAUUAUGGAAACUUUAAUCGUGGAUUGAGCAAAAAUGGUGGCUCGUAGAAAGUUAGUGCAAUGAUUACUUUUAAUAAGCAUCCAUAGACGAAUUUACUGCAAUUAAAAAAUUGGAAAUUAAACCGGACACACGUAUUCAUGAUGAGGGUGUAGGGUCCUUUAGCGUUCCAAUAGAUCUUAUUAAUGUUUGCAAAUCUAUAAGCCUAAACCAUUAAAAUUUGAUUCUUUGACUAGGCAGCUGACCCAUAGAAGAAAUGAGACUUAAAGCAACUUCUAGCUGGAACCCUUUUUUCUUAACUCAGGAGCGAAUUUCUUUAAUAUCCCUGCUAAAUCCCCUUAUUUUUACCUGUACUUCUGCUUAAGUAUCCAAACCUACAUUAAAAGCUCUUUCUCACAAUUGGAUCAGAUCCGUUGCACAAUUUUUCAAUUAAUAUUACUAAUUGUAAAUAUUGAUUUCAUGGGUAGGAUAAAAUUUUGGAAACGUACGGAAGUUUUGAGCAGAAUUAAAUGAAUUAGUAGGCUUUAAUAUCAUAGUCUGCUAUGUAAUAGAACACAUUAAGAUAACAGUGUUUCAGGAAAUCUGCUAGGUUUUCAAGGUAUUUUCAGAUGCUUGAAAACUUCACCGAUAGUGAACCAUGCAUUAAAAUAAGUUUUCAAUAUCCUAGCCCAAAAAUGUACCUAAAAUCUACUCACAGAUGAAGAAUAGAAAUUCAAAACCUGGUAAGUGUUAUUAGGUGUUGCUCAGAUUUUGAAUGAUGUUUCUCACUGGAAAAGAACGAAAAUACGUGUGGUUCAUGGAUUUUUCAUGGUAGAAGUUUCAGGAAAACUUUGUCUUGUUAUUCAGACAGGAUGUGUAAUUCUGAAGCCAAUAGAUAUGCAUCAAGAAAAAGAUACAGUUGUAACAUUAGCAACAUCUUGUGGCGCUCAUCAAGAUUUGAAUUUCUACCCUUUGGGCGUCAAGGGCUGAUAAACCUUGACUACUGAUUAACUGUAUUUCAUCUGCAAAACUGAACCUCUUCCAUCUUUUGAAUAUUAAGACCAUCGGAACGAAAUUCGUUUGCUUUCACCAAGAAAAUCUGUUUAUUUUAAGGUCAGUUUUAAAAUUAGCAGGAACAAUUUUUCAUUUUUAUGCAAGUUGGUAUUGAGUCAAACAAGGAAGUCAAACAGUUUUUUUAAAACUUGCAGACACUUUCUGUCUUGCAUUGCCUACGAAAAAUUCCCUAAAUUUCCACGAGCUUAAAUAUUUCACUCCGUCCCUUUUUGGCGGCAAGUUUGAGGGAGAAAAAAUUUCAUUUAUUGACUUGCAGUAUUGCGUUUUUUAAGUAAGAUAUGAAGUGAAGUCAGUUUUUCAAUAGUCCUACAAAGUGAUGAAAGUUGAAUAGAUGUACGUAACAAAGUAAAAUUCUGUUUCAAGUUUUGAUCAGCAGUUCUCAUUGUUAAAUUAAUGCAAUUCUUUAAUCUGCGGGUAAAGUAUUAGUUCAUCUUGGUGUUUUGAAAAAUAUCAAAAGCUCUGUUGCCAUAGAAGUAUUUUCUAGCACCUAAAAGUUGCCUUUUAAAUACUACUAAGUACUACGGGGAUUUUUUGUACCUUCAGUAUCCCUCUCAGAGAAAUUAACAACUUGCUUUGAUCUAUGAACUAAUUUUAAUGUCCAUUUUAUUGUUUAGUAGGUUUUUUAUGUUUAUUUAAUUUUUUUCUAAUCUUUAUUCCAGGUAAACUGUAUUUAAUGGCAAAUUAACGAAUUCACUAAUCUAGUCGUGUUUCAUGAUUUUCAGACUCCAUGUACAGUUCUUGUUUUUCAUGCCAAGAAACUUUCCUUGGCCUAGAUUUAGUACACGAAUUUCCUUCUGUAAUCAGAAGUAAGUUCUCAGACAUUGUAUAUUUUUGUGCACAUAAACAAAGUCGCCUUUUUGGAGACUGAAACCUUUAAUAAAAAGCAACACAUGUCAUACUCUGCCCCCAAUGAAGGGGUAGUGCCAUAAAAAUGAGUAUCUUUAGCAAUAAAAGCUUUAACAUCAGUCUAUUUGGUGAUGGAUUUCAAUUUGUCAACUACUUGUAUCAACUUUUUAGUUCGUCAUAUUGGAAAGGAAAUGUGUUACCUCUGAUGAAAACACCAUUCAGAAGCAAAAAGUAGAUUGAAGUGAACAGUAGAACAGGGUUGAGCAGUCACAAAUGUAGUGCACAAAGUUACAGAAAAAACGGGAUUAAGAAGGCUAGGAUCGAAGUUCAACCUCAUUCCUGCUAUAGGACUUUUUUUCUUGGGGGGGGGGGGGAUUGAAUACACAUUUUCAUGAUGUUAUCAAAGUCCAUCACAUUUGGCUUGAGGAUAUCAUGUUCUCGACUUUUUCAUCAAGAGAAAACUAGAUGUAGUAAAUUCAAAUGUGCCUUAAUUUGUUUAAAUCCAAAAAUGCCCACUGUUCGUAAAAUUCAGGGACUUAUGAGAAAAUGUAAUGUACCGUAACAAGAUAAAUCCAAUGGCAAA